GCCCUGAGAGGAGUUGGGGCGGAAUAACGUGAACGGGCCGAGGAGGUGGAAGACGUCCUUCGGUCGGCCGAGAGAGGAGACCAGGUGACGGGGGCGCUUUCCGUCCUGCAAGAUGUCCGAAGGAACGUCCAGUGGCGAUCCGGAGAGUGCCCGGCCCUCAGUUGCUGCUGCUCGAGGGUUAAUAGGGAGAAGGACUCCCGUGCCAAUCUCGGCAGGCCGCCUGCCCUCCAUCCGCUCCCGAGAUCUGACCCUUGGUGGGGUCAAAAAGAAAACCUUUGCCCCUAACAUUAUUAGCAGGAAAAUCAAAGAAGAGCCCAAGGAGGACCUUUCUGUCACAAAAGAGAAGAAGGACCGUGAUCGAGAUCGACAGAGGGAAAGUCAUGGACGAAGCAGAGGGAGGCCCGAAGUUAUUCAGUCGCACUCCAUCUUCGAGCAAGGCCCAGCAGAAAUGAUGAGGAAGAAAGGUACCUGGGAUAAGUCUGUGGAUAUGUCUGAUUUUGGCCCAUCUCACAUCAUCAACAUAAAGAAAGAGAAGAGGGAGACGGAUGAAGAGACCAAGAAGAUCUUGCGCAUGUUGGAGAAAGAUGAUUUCCUGGAUGACCCAGGCUUGAAAAACGACAUUCGAAACAAGCCAGUCCAGCUGCCUCUGGCACAUUCUGGUUGGCUUUUCAAGGAAGAAGGGGAUGAUCAAGAGGACAGCAAGCUGUUGAAUGCCAGCCAUAAAGAGGAGGAGCUGGAGACAGGCUUACCUUCGGUAAAAGUGAAAGAGGAACACGAUGAAGAGGAGACGGCGUGUGCCCAGGCUCCAGCGCCCACCAAAGCCCCUCCUCCCUUCCCUCAGGAUGUCUCCCUGGCGGAACUGCUGCCCAGGUUGAGUCUCUCCAAGGAGGAAGAGUUGCUCUUCCUGCAGCUGCCAGAUACUCUCCCGGGACAGCCGCCCACACAGGACACUAAGCCGCUGAAAACAGAAGUGCAGAACGAGGAUGGGCAGAUGAUGGUGAUAAAACAGGAGAAGACCCAGGAGACCCAGGAAGCGGAGAAUACCUGCACCCUGGGCGACCUCUCCGAGGGGCAAGUGGGGAAGUUGCUGGUCCGCAAGUCAGGAAAGGUGCAACUUGUUCUCGGCCAGGUGACCCUCGACGUAACCAUGGGAACGCCCUGCUCCUUUCUUCAGGAACUGGUGUCAGUCAGCAUUGGGGACAAUCGGAGUGGUGAGAUGAUCGUCUUGGGCCACGUGAAGCACAAGCUCGUUUGUGCUCCCGAUUUCGAAUCCUUGCUGGCCUACAAGCAUCGAUAAGAGCCGCUGCAAAGCCCCUCGCCAGGGUAGCUGGUGGUUCUGCCUAAACAAGAGUGAUUUGGGCUCUCCAAAAGUGCCUGUUCCUGAGCUGACGAAGACGGAAACGUCGCCAGAAAAAGACUCUGCUAGAAGAGAUGGGCAAACAUUCAUGGGAACGAGCCCGAUGGACAUCUUAACUGUCGGAGAUUAUCUGGAGCUCUAGAAUCUCUGAAGGUAGGGGAAAGGGUUCGAAGCCAAGGGCUUGCUGCGUCCUUCCUCCCAGUUCCACACAGGAUAUAUGACUUGCCCCCUUGUAAUGACUUUGAAUGACUUAAUUGCGCACACUACCCGGGUGAUAUUUAUCCCAAAGGGAGGUUGGAAAGGUGUGAGCCUUGGAGCCAAGGUUAAAGCUGUUUCGCCGCUCUUCCCUGCAGAUGCUGGAGAAGAUGUCACCAUUCCGAGCAUCUGUAGGAGAUCGGGCCAGUGGUGCCCUUUUAUGUUUUGCCUUCUUGGAUCUUAACUACCACACAACACCAGUAGGAAAAAAAAAGGGGGGGUGAUGGUGUGAGAGGUUUGGGAAAACACAUGAGAUUAGACUGUGUCUUCUGCAGUGAGAUCCCCCCAUAUAUCUCUUGUUGUCCAGACCAGGGGUCUCCAACCCUGCAAACUUUUAAGCCUGGAGGACUUCAACUCCCAGAAUUCCCCAGCCAGCAAAGCUGGCUUAAAGUUGCCAAGGUUGGAGAGCCCUGGUCCAGACCAUCUGGUGAAGUUUUUUUUUUUCUUAAGGCUACUUUCAUCCUAUCUCUGAAUAGCCAGGGGGAAAAUAAUUAUCUAGGUGACAAGCUCUGCCAUGUCUCGUAUUUAUAACGCUAUGUGUGAUAAAAGCAGCAGCAGGAGGCUUCUUUUAUAAAUGGAGAAGGCAAAGAGGAAGGGUCUCGUGCUUUUAACCUGGCUUUCGUUCCCUCUGCUGGAAGCAGCCAAGCAUCGCUGGAUCCGUGGUCCUAAGCGAAAGAUUCCUGCAGUGGCAGGGGGGACAGGAAGUCAUGGAUGGCAGUUCCCUUUGUUUCUGAACCAGGAAUCAGUUUUGUCAUCAGAAAAGCAUAUUCAGGCCAUUAUAGCCCAAAUCUCUCUCCCCACACUUCCCUCUGUCUCCCUCCCUCCCUCCCUCUCUCUCACACAAAUGCCUAUUAAAUUCAAUGGUCUGCUUUAAAACUAUUCUUUCUCACUCUGCCUUGGACUCAGGCGUGAUGGCAAGAAAGUUGUGAUUUGCUUAACUUUGUUCUCUUAUCACGCUUUCCUAAAGAGGACAAUUAACUGUUUAAAUAUUUUUAGAGAGCAGCAAUUAAAGUAUUCAUGCUCCUUGGGCUUUUGUUCCUUAACAGCAAUUGGGAAAUCAUAAAGCUGAGCAUGCUGAUGACUACAAAGAUGACUUCUCGGUUAAGUCUUUUUUUGUUUCUCAACUGGGUACCUUUAUUUGAUCACCUUGGUUAACCAAAUUGGAGAGAGCAACAAGUUCUGUGGUCAAGUUGUUGGCAUUUAUUUAUCACCUGUAUAUCUAUAAAUAAAAACAGACACUAGAAGGAUUCUGUGUGUACAGUCCAAGGAAUUUGAAUAGGUUUGCACUUUAAAGCUACGAGGUAAGGAAACGGGAAAGACAUUUUCACCUCACCUGUCAGUGGACACCCAGGCAGGACAGUAAGAUUUGACAUAAGCACCUGGGAAACCAGGAGAUACAAGCAGUUCAAAGGAGUAUAAAGGUUUAUUGCAAGCUUAAGCUCUCCAUAACAUACUGGCCAACUAAUGGUCAAUGGAAAAGAGCGGGAGAUAAGAAUUCAAGCUGGGCUGGACUUAGAUCUCUUGUGGACAUGCAGGAACUCAUAACUUAUGAUGCAUUUGACUCCUCCCUCAGUCUCAGCCAGGUUACCACCUACAAUAUUCCUUAUAAAGAGGACAACAUAAAACAGCAUGUUAACCAUGUGCAAAUAUUAAUUAAUUGAAAAUGACAGUGAACGUGGGGCUCAGUACAAAAGCAGCUUUUGGACGAUGGAGCCACAGAUAUUUUGUGAUAAUUAGGGGGGGAAGGAGAUAAGUGGAGAAGAAAAAAAUGUAGAUAAGGAGCAGGAACUGUAAGAAUCAAACGGUGCCUGUCCCUUCUAGCUGCUUAUAAAAAAAAAAAAAACCUUUAUUAUAUGGACAUUUUUCUUCUCUAUCUUUCAGAAUGAUUUUUUUUUUAAAUCAACAAAUGUUUCAUUUAAUUUGAUUACAGAAGGCAAUAUUAACACAAUAGACCACCAUGAAACAGAAAAGGCAUUGGAAUCUAACAAAGCUGGAGAAAACCAAACUGCUUUAAUGGAAACCACACUUUGCAAUUAAUUCAGCAAUUAUGGCUUAGAGAGAAACCAAUGUCCUUUACAGGGUUCCUCUACACCUCUGCUGAUAUUUUCAUUGAUAUUUGGCAAUCAGAACUUUGUCCAUGUUUCCUUGAGCGAAGAGCCUUCAAAGGGCAGUGAACAGGGACUGCUCUUUAUUAUAAGCCAAGGAGAAAAGAUCCGGUAAAGUAAGAGCCUUCUUGCCAGCAUAGUGGUAGAAUUAAGCUAUUUCCCCUUACAAAGGCCCAUUUAUUUCCAUUUUAAAUUUCCCAUCAGCAAUAAGCCUUAGCGGAUAUCCAGAGUAGAAGUAAACAAAUUACAAAGCGAGAUAGAAGUAAACAAAUUGCAAAGCGAGAUUAUAGGCUGCAAAAUAACAGUGUUUUGGGGGGAAUCUCUUUAUAAAUGUUUUCAGAAAGCCUAUUAAUCAAACAGCUGGCAGCAUCAGAAAUAGAAAACGAAGCAGUCAGGAAUGGAUUUGAAAAGUGUUUGUGUACUGUACAUGAGUAGGACUAGAAGAUCUGUUGAGUAAAUCCAGGGUGGCUUCUAGGAAACAAGACCGCUGAGGAUGACAGGUGAGCGGAUUUGAGACGUUCUUGGAAAGACUCAAAUGUGAUCCAGUCAUUGGUCAGACCUUCCAGAGAGCUAGUGUUGCCCCCAGGAGCUGUAGAUGGAAGCUUAUUCCGAAGUACUCAUUCAAAGAUGAAGUUCAAGAUUAUCAGA